GUCAUGGCGGCAUCCAGUGUUGGCGCUGGUCUGUGGAAAGGGGAUGCUGGGCUUUUUAUCCUCUCGACAGGCUGGUUUAGAGGACCCGCUUCGCUUCCGGAGAGCGGAGUGCACACGCAGGGUACUGGGACUGGAGUUAAACAAAGACAGAGAUGUUGAAAGAAUCCAUAGCAGUGGCGUUAACACUCUUGACAUUGAACCUGUUGAAGGGAGAUAAAAUCAUCCAGAUGUCCACAAAUACAGUGUGGAGACUGUUCAGUGGUAUCCUCAUGACACGGGCAUGUUUACUUCAAGCUCAUUUGAUAAAACUCUGAAAGUAUGGGAUACAAAUACACUACUUGGUACUAGAGGACCAAAAGUACAACUUUGUGACUUAAAGUCUGGAUCCUGUUCUCACAUUCUGCAGGGUCAUAGACAAGAAAUACUGGCAGUUUCCUGGUCACCACGUUAUGACUAUAUCUUGGCAACAGCAAGUGCUGACAGUAGAGUAAAAUUAUGGGAUGUGAGGAGAGCAUCGGGAUGCUUGAUUACACUUGAUCAGUAUAAUGGUAAAAAAUCACAAGCUGUUGAAUCAGCAAAUACUGCUCACAAUGGGAAAGUUAAUGGGUUAUGUUUUACAAGUGAUGGACUUCACCUUCUCACUGUUGGUACAGAUGAUCGAAUGAGGCUCUGGAAUAGUUCCAAUGGAGAAAACACACUAGUGAACUAUGGAAAAGUUUGUAAUGAAAGUAGAAAAGGAUUGAAAUUCUCUGUCUCCUGUGGCUGCAGUUCAGAAUUUGUUUUUGUACCAUAUGGUAGCACCAUUGCUGUUUAUUCAGUUUACUCGGGAGAACAGAUAACUAUGCUUAAGGGACAUUAUAAAAGUGUUGACUGCUGUGUAUUUCAGUCUAACUUCCAGGAGCUUUACAGUGGUAGCAGAGACUGCAACAUUCUUGCUUGGGUACCAUCCUUAUAUGAACCCAUUCCUGAUGAUGAUGAGACUACCACCCAAUCACACUUAAAUCGAGCAUUUGAAGAUGCCUGGAGCAGCAGUGAGGAGGAAGGAUGAACACUGGCCUUUAGUACUUUCGUGUGUGUGUGUGUGUGUGUGUGUGUGUGUGUGUGUGUGUGUUUAAACUGUUCUGUCUUUUCCUGACAACUCUGUGUUUGGGUGAUAUUUCCCCACACAUGUUUUAAAAUGAGGUUAACGGGUUAACAUUUGUAUGAAAUAUUCUGAAAGAGACUUCUGUAUAGGUUUUUGAGUCAGAAUUCACUAAUCCUAGUUAUGCCUGGAUCUCCCCCUGUUGCUAAAUACAAGAACACAAGUUAGUGUCUUGACUGGGUCUUGAGCAUAUUGUAUAACCCUAUACAGACAUAGACGUCUCAGAAGACUGACAAGUAAAUGUUACCAGCCCUGACUGCCUACUCCCACCCUCAAGGAUCACUUACUACUGCUCUGGAAGCAGAGAUGCAGGAGGAUUGAGAGUUCAAAGCCAAUCCAGUCUAAGUUAGAGAGUUUCUAUCUCCAGGAACAAAAAGAAUGGAGAUAUGGCUCAAGAGUGCUUGCCUCACAGAUUCAAUCCCAUAAGAAGGAAAGAGGAGAAGGGAGAAAGGCUUUUACCAAGAAUAAUAGCAGCAAAAAUAAGUAGUUGGAAAAGAAGCUGAGCAAAGUAGGCCAAAUUAUCAAAUCAAGCCUGAGGCCAAUUCGACCUAUAUAAAGAGACCCUGUUUUGAAAAGCAGAGAGCCAGAUAACCAUCAUUAACAUUGUGAUGACUUCUCCAUGAAUCUCUUUAUGGCACAUAAUUUCCUAUAGCAGGAUGUUUAGGCAUGCUAGUUUUUACAACCAAUUCCUCACAUUAGUACCCCAGUCCCCAUUCUUUACCCCUCUUGCCACAGUCCAGGUUAUUAAAUAGUAUGUAUUGUUUAAUUUUUCAACCCUAUGCAAACCUGUGUACACAUAUUUGGGGAUGAAUUUGUUUUAUAAAAAUAGU